GGACAUGUCUCACCGCUGACGAUAAUAGGCAAGCUAUUCUGCAUGUUCUACGCAUUGCUCGGUAUUCCUCUCAUGUUAUUAGUCCUGACCAAUGUUGGCCGAGUGAUGGCGACAUCAGCUCGGCUACUCUACAGAAUGUACACCAGUCGACUCUGCAAGAGACUUCGGUGCGGAAAGAGGAACAAAACCAAAAAGAAAAAGAAGAGGAAAAAACAAGCAAAGAAAACAUUACAGCGAAAAGGUAGCACCAAAUCAGCCAAGGGGGCUCCUUCAAGCCAGAAGAAAGUUCGAAAGGGAUCAAAAAGGGGGAACAAGAAGAAUUCUCAGUCUCAUCGCCAAACAAUCGUUAACAUGGACAAUCAGACCAAACUAACCAACCAACGUCCUUUAUCUCUCAACAUGGAUAUAGUAUCCUCAAGUGAUCCUAGAUUACCACCCCCUUACGCAGAAUCGAAUGAGAUGGCCGAUAGAUUAGCAGAAGGCAAUGAUGAAGAGGAGGAUGUGUUUUCGGACACACAGAGCUCUCGUCGUAGUCUUGGUAGUACACCACGUCAACAAUCCUUGAUCAAUCUUCCUCGUCCCAUCAGUGAAGAGAUUGGUCAAGGAUCAGUCGACGAUACUAAGAGUGAUACAGCUUCACUCUGCACCGCGUCAGAGACGGACAGGCGAUCGCCAUCGCUUGCAAAGAGUGACAGUUAUGAUUCCGCCAGCUCGCAGCCAUUCCCGACAACCAGUCGCGCAGAGUCGAGUGUUGAGUUGGGUAGCGGGAAACAAAAUCGUUCGUCUUUCCCUCGACAGCAGUCGUGCAUUGAAUUCCGUCAGUUUGAUAAAGGAAGCAGCGAGGGGGAGGAGAGGAAGGAAGGAGACGGAAGUGAAGGUGAUUCAAGUCGACCACCUUCAGAACAGAAGAGUAUAUCAAGACAAAGCUCAUCAGCGUCAAGGUAUAAUCAGUCAGGGUCGCAGACCUAUCCUAGAGCAGAAAAACGUCGGAAACGACGAAGGGACUAUGCUCAGAGUGAAGGUAAUGCUUCUCUUGAUCGCUCCAAUCUUGGAGUCAAUCAUAGACAUGGUAACACUUUUCCAAGGAAGCGGAGAGCGCGGAAAAAGAUUCUAAUGAAACCACCAAGUCUUUAUUCAUUACACCAUCAUAGAAAGCUAAAGCUUAUAGACUCUACUCUUGCAAUACGUUUAGCCACUUAUGACAAGAUUCUUGGUAGUAGUCGCGAAGACUUGGCUUUUGCUCUACCCGAGUUAUCUUGUGGGGAAAACACCAAACUCCUUCACGACAUCGCAAAUAAAGGUUUCGAUCCUCGUCCACUUCCUGUUCAACCAGAGGCUGAGGUCGUACGUGAAGGUGGCCGAAAGGGAAAGGGUAAACGGAAAAAGAAAGGUCGUCGAGGGGAUCAGCUCGAUGAUGAAUUAGGAACAAUCUAUGAAGGUAGUGAAUCAGACACUAGCGAAGGACGGGGUACAAGGAGCCUUGAGGUAGCUGAUAUCCCAAUGUGGCCCGUCUUACUCCUUCUAUUUAGCUACAUAACCUCCGGUGCCAUUUUAUUCUCUAUGUUAGAGAACAACUGGGAUUUCUUCGACGCAUUCUAUUUCUGUUUUAUCACACUAACUACCAUUGGUUUUGGUGAUCUAGUACCUGACACAAAUUUGACUAGCUUAAUCGCUUGCUGUGUGUAUACAAUGAUCGGUAUGGCAGUGACGUCGAUGUGUAUUGCUCUCAUCAUUAAAAAGUUUAUAUUCAUAGUUAAAGGUUUUGGACGAAGAAUCGGCAUCAUCAAGGAUUGAUCCAAUAAGUUAUAGCGCACAUGGAGUUUUAGUUCCUGGUGGGUGUUUCUCAAAGCUGUUUGUAAAGUUACGCCAAACUUAACGUAACGUUGUGCGUAACUUAAUGAACAGCUUUAAGAAACACCCACUGGGGAGUGUUUCAUCAACAUUUUCAUCCGACUAGUUGUCAGAUCUGACAUCUUUCUCUGAUGUUGAUUGGCUGAGAGGUACUGUUACUAUGGUAACUGUCAGAUAAAAUGGGACUUGUCGGAUAAAACGUCCGACAAGUCCUUUCAUGAAACGCUCCCCUGGACGGAAGCUUUUUCAUGCUUGGGAUCGGACGGGAGCUGAGUGAACACCAAAGUCCAUGUUCAGAUGGUCAAAUGCUAUAAUCGCACCUGCCAACAUCAUGCAUAGUGCAUCGAUCGCAGCGUUCAACCAGGUUCCUGAAUUAACUUCUUCUUCUUUAAGGGGGGGGGGGGGUCUGCAGAAGGUUACCAGGAGUGUACCGUGUUCCCUUACGCGCUGGAUUAUUCUCAUGAAUUCACAAAGCUCGCAUUUCUGUGCUCCACCGUUCUCCAAGCUUAAUACCAUCCAGUAACAAAAACUCCCUAUUAAUCCAAUGACGGGGAAUUAUAGGCAAUGGUUACUAAUCUCCGAAUUCGUUUCAUAUAGAUCAGUUAUCGUGGGAUAGGAACAAUAUUUAUUUGUUUUCCUUUAAACGGUGUCUUCAGUUUCUGGUUUAAUCAACCCAGAGAAAGAAAGAGAGCUAAACGCAAUAAUAGGGACUUACAUCACGGAAAUGUUCCAGAGAAUUCUAAAUACCACGAAAGACUUUAGUAUAGGUAAAAGUCAAACUGUCCCCACAUACAAGGUAGACGAAAGUUCAGUUGUCUUGUUUUCUAAGAUUUUUUUUUAAAUAAUGCCUUGCUCAUAAUUAUCUUAAACGCCGUUCCUUUUUCCAAUUUUCAAGACAGUCUGACGUCACUCCAUAAGUCAUGAUUAUCACUUUUCUGAAAAAAAUGGCGUCGUCUGGGUAACUGUUCAUAGCCCAGAAGCCCGUUGCAAAAAGAUCCACCAUGCGUUCCAAAAUGUGAGUUUUUAUUCAUUGGAAGUCGAGUUAUCAUGGUUGACGUUGGACCAGUGGUUGAUUGCAAAUUUUCAAAGCAAAGGGACUCAGGUUGUGUGCGAUGCCUAUGUAUUUACUGUUAGCUCUAGAAUGAGUCCAAGGCUUCAGUCACAUCAACAAAGCAGACUCCACACCGAUCGAUCGUAUGCUAUUUGAAAUAAUGUAAUAGAUUUGAUCGGUCUGCGGUCAGCUUACUGGUGUGAAUGUGACAUUAUUACUUUCAUUUACACUCUUAAAAAGGUUGUGCAAAAAGGGCCCAAUUUUUAACCAUCACUCGGCAACAUACUGUCCACACAACUAUUGGUUAAAAUCUGUCCAAAUUGUGCAAUAAUAGACUAAUAAUUGGGUAAUACAUUUGCUCAAUUGGAUAAUUGCCCAGAAUAUAGGCCUCUAUUUUUUAACCAACAUACAUUACCCAACACAGUGGACAGUAUGUUGCCCAACAUUUUAAGUGUGUAACGAUUACGUCAUAGCAAUUAAUUCAUGUUUUCGAACAACGAACAAAAAUGAACAAAAAAAACACUUGUCACACCCAAGUCAACCGAAGAGGACACACAAUCAUUUCUCGCAACCAAUUGUCACACCCAAGUAACUCAAGAGGACAUUAAAUGAAAUAAUUACAUGAACAUUAAAAUACAGUUUAAAGAAUUUAUUAAAACUAGCUGUAUUCAGGCUAGAACGAUAAUUCAAUGGCUUUGUUUCAGAGUACAAAUAACAUAUACAAUUCUUUGAAAUAACAUACAAAGUAGCCCACUAAUAUGCGGUGAAAAAUCACUCCAGUUCAAUGUUCAUUGAUACUGACGAAUCGACGACGAAUCUGUCUUCCCUCUCUGACUCUCUUUAGAAGUCUUGUCCAUGGUGGGAUUUGACAGUCAUAAUCAUGGUAAAGCCGGAGUCGGGAAUGGGACCGGAACGGCUACUGGAACGGCAAUUGGAACGGCAGUUGGAACCAGACUUGGAACCAAACUCAGAACCAGAAUUGGAACCCAUCUAAAAAACAAACAUUAUACCCAAACUAUAAAUAAUCUAAGGAAUAAUAUC